AAAGAUAAAGAUAGGUUAUAUAGUUUUGCAUUUGAUUAACGAAUUUGAAUUUUUUAUAAAGUUGAAUAUGUGAAUCGGUGUAAAAUGGAAAUUAUUCAUAUCUUGGGUGUUCUGAUGCACAUCCACUCUGUUCUGACUUCUCAGGAUACUUUCAGUGAAGAAUUAUUGAUAAAACCUCUCUACAGUGAUCAGGUUUAUACCCACUUCCACUUCUCCACGAAAUGGGACGUUGAUAUGGACACAGAAACUUUCAACCACAGCAGAUUGUUUCCCAGAGCUCUUGGUGAAAUCAUAAAGCGAUUCAAUGUCCAAGAGUUACAUGUUAGCCUCACAGGAGGCUUGUGGAGAUAUGAGAACUGGGGUUAUCCAGUAGUAGAUGCAGCACCUGGUGCUGAGGUUUGGGCCUGGUUCAGACCAGAUACUGGGGAUGUUGACAAAAAUUGGAAGCUACUGGCAAAUUCUCUGUCUGGGUUACUUUGUGCAUCUCUAAACUUUGUGGAUAAAUCUAACAGUAUAAGUCCAGAGUUUUCAUUUCAACCAUCUGGGGCCAUUGAUUCACCUAAUGUCAACAACACAUACCUGAGGUAUGCUAGUUUACCCCGUGAAAUUGUUUGUACAGAGAACCUUACCCCUUGGAAAAAGCUCUUACCUUGUAAUUCUAAAACAGGCCUUGCAUCUCUUCUAAACUCAGGUUACAUUCACAACUCAAGGUAUCAUUCAGUAGGCUUGCAUUUGCGCCAGAUUUGCCAAGAUGAGUCUUGUGAAUCAGUUUCUUUGGACUUACAGCAGACAGUAUCACUAGUUUAUGACUAUGGGAUUCUUGGAACCAAGGACUGGUCACUCUCUAAACUGUUUGGUCAAGGUGUGAAUGGUAGGUGUGUAUUGGCAUCCAGAAGUGAAAUUUAUAUUGACAUUACCAGUACAACAGCUAGAGCCUUCACUCUUGACCCUCAGCCUGAUGAAGUACUAACUUCAGUUAGAGGUGGACACCACAGUACCUUUGGCAAGUAUACUCUCCCAAGAAACUUCUUCAAUAUCUAUACAAAGUUCAUUGAUAAAGAAAUUGUUUCACUGAAUGUACCACCAGUAUUACAUGCAAAUCAGUAUUUGACAGGUUAUGGACAAGAACGUGGAGGAAUUGUAACUAAAGUUUAUAAUAAUCAUUGGAGUGAACUUGAUGUUGUUCUCUUACAGGAUAUUCCUUGGUAUGUUCCUAUAUAUUUGCAUACUCUGAAGUUGAUGUCAAAUGACAUUGAAAUUAAGCCUGUGGCUUUAAGGUAUGUUCCUGGAAAACAGAGAGAAAGACCAUAUUACUUAGAAGUUUUCAUAAAACUUCCUCCACGUUCUACAACCUCAGUCUCUAUCGAUUUUGAUUAUGUUUUCCUCAAAUGGCAAGAAUACCCACCUGACGCCAACCAUGGUUUUUAUAUUGGUUCUGCUAUUAUUUCAAGUAUUUUACCUGUUGCUCGGAAUUAUACUGGUUUGCCACAAGAUGGCACUUUAAUUUCCCACAGUUUCAAUGCUUCACGGAGUGGGUACUUAGUCCAAGUUCGCACUGAGAAUAUGGUGAUAACUUUACCUACUCCAGAUUUCAGCAUGCCAUAUAAUGUUAUUUGUCUGGCUUGUACUGUUGUGGCAUUGGCAUUUGGUCCUUUGCAUAAUAUCACUACUAGAAGACUUGUCAUGAAGUCUAAAAAGAAAGAGUCCUUGCUAGUCAAACUAAAGAAAUUUUUGUCAUUUAAUAAGUAGAUUUCAGUAUGUUUCAUUAAAUUCCUCAGUUGUAAUUGAUGAUUAUGUGAAUUCUACUCUAAGACUGAAACAGUUUUUCAAUAAAGCU